ACAUUCUUCGUUGCAUCUCCAUUUGUGUAUCACAGAAGAAAGAAAGUCAUAGGCUAUAGAUGAGUAGAUGUUCAUCAGGCACUGAUAUGUAGUGUUUCAAGCCACACCUCUCUCAUUUGAGGCGUUUGUGUGUGUGUGUGUGUGUGUGUGUGUGUGUGUGUGUUACUGGGUAUGUUUUGAGGUUAAAACUCUGCUCCCACUUGUUGCUGAAGUUGCGCGUCUCAGUUUAAAGAAGCCCUUCCCCUUACCAGAUGCGGAGCACGAGUUCUCCCGAUGUCUGACGAAGGCGAGGGGCUCCGUGUCUCCUCUUCCACCCCCUUCCCGCCCUCCUUCCCCUCUCCCGCUCCCGCUCCUGCCGGUCAGACUAGUCUCCCUCAGCCGCCGAGACCCCUAAAGCGGCGGGCAUCUGCGCCACUUCCACGCACCGACACGCGUUCCAGAGACGCGUUUACUCGCGAUCCGCUGGACUUGAUCGGGCGCUCGCCGGCGCGUCUCGGGCGAUGCUGCGCCGCGUCUCCGGUGCGCGACGGUCUCCAGAAGCGCGGACAGCGGCGGCCCUCGCCACACAGACCCGAUCAUGAGACCCGCAGCCCGGAGGAGUUGAUCGAGAGCCCGCGCAGUUGCGCUCCACCUGACACGUCAGAGGUCAUGCAUCGCAGGCACACCACCUUGCGAGAGAAGGGCCGUCGGCAGGCCAUCCGAGGCCCCGCCUACAUGUUCAACGAACGUGGCACCAGCCUCACGGCGGAGGAGGAACGUUUCCUUGACGCAGCAGAGUACGGCAACAUUCCCGUUGUCCGUAAGAUGCUGGAAGAGUCCAAAACGCUUAACUUCAACUGCGUGGACUACAUGGGGCAAAACGCGCUGCAGUUAGCAGUCGGCAACGAGCACCUGGAGGUCACAGAGCUUUUGCUGAAGAAGGAUGGGAUGGCACGCAUUGGAGAUGCACUUCUUCUGGCAAUCAGCAAAGGUUACGUGCGAAUCGUGGAGGCCAUUUUGGCUCAUCCGGCGUUUGCGGGCGGUUUGAGACUGACUUUGAGCCCACUGGAGCAGGAACUGAGGGAUGACGACUUCUACGCCUAUGAUGAGGAUGGGACGCGUUUUUCGCAUGAUGUGACGCCAGUGAUUCUGGCCGCGCACUGUCAGGAGUACGAGAUCGUACACAUCCUGCUGAUAAAGGGCGCCAGGAUCGAGCGGCCGCAUGACUACUUCUGCAAGUGCUACGAGUGCACGGAGAAACAGAAACGCGACUCGUUCAGUCACUCCAGAUCACGCAUGAAUGCGUACAAAGGGCUCGCUAGCGCCGCCUACCUGUCACUGUCCAGCGAAGAUCCCGUACUGACGGCACUAGAGCUCAGCAAUGAACUCGCACGACUUGCCAAUAUAGAGACAGAGUUUAAGCUCAUCAUAUGA